AUGGCUGAAGGAAGUGAUAUUCAUGAAAGUCGAGCCAAAUGGCCGAUUAGUGCUGAUGAAUAUGAACUUGAGGAAAUAAUCGGUCGAGGUGCUACAGCUGAUGUUCAAGCUGCAACAGUAAAAAAAACCAAAGAACGUGUUGCAGUUAAACGUAUUAAUCUUGAUCGAUGUAAUACAUCCCUUGAAGAACUUUUAAAAGAAAUACAAGUAAUGAGUCAAUGUCAACAUGAAAAUGUCGUACGAUUUUAUACAUCAUUUGUUGUUGGAGAAGAAUUAUGGCUUAUUAUGAAAUUAUUAGAUGGAGGUUCAUUACUUGAUGUUAUACGUUAUACAAUGCAACGUGGUAAUUGUCGUAAUGGUGUUCUUGAUGAAGUUGCAAUUGCAACUGUUUUACGAGAAGUCAUUAAAGGUUUAGAUUAUUUUCAUUCAAAUGGACAUAUACACAGAGAUAUUAAAGCUGGAAAUAUUUUAUUGGGUACAGAUGGAAGUGUUCAAAUUGCUGAUUUUGGUGUUAGUGCUUUCAUUGCAUCAGGUGGAGAUAUAACACGAGAUAAACAAAGACAUACAUUUGUUGGUACACCUUGUUGGAUGGCACCUGAAGUUAUGGAACAACAACCGACAGGUUAUGGUAUGUUAAAGAACUCCAUUAUGUUUCUUUUAUGUUCAAUUUCUGUUUUUGCAAUAGAUACUAAAGCGGAUAUAUGGUCAUUUGGUAUAUUAGCAAUUGAAUUAGCAACGGGUACAGCUCCUUAUCAUAAAUAUCCUCCAAUGAAAGUUUUAAUAAUGACUUUACAAAAUGAACCACCAACAUUAGAUAUAUGUGCAGAAGAUCGUGAUCAAUAUAAACAAUAUAGCAAAACUUUCAGGAAACUAAUUGAACAAUGUUUACAAAAAAAUCCUGCUGAUCGUCCAACAGCUAAACAAUUAUUAAAACAUGAUUUUUUUAAAAAAGCUAAAGAUCGUUCAUAUAUAGCAAAACAUUUAGCAUUAAAAUUUCAGGAUAGAAAGAAAAUGGAAGAAAAAACAGUUACGCGACGUAAACCAACAUCUGUACGUGCUGUACGUGUUAGUGAUAGUGGAGAAUGGACAUUUAGUAGUGGUUCAGAUGAUGAUAAUACAAGUGGAAAUGAAACAACAUCCAAUGAGGAUCCAGCAAAUAAAAUAAAACAAUUAGAAAAUCAAACAGUUAAAAAUAUUGGAGAUUUAAUUGAAAAAAAUGAUGCAGCAAUAAAAUCGAGUCACUCGUCGAAUGAAGGAACUUCACAAGCGAUUGCAGAUGAAAUUACUACUGGCGUUAAAGAACUAUCGACUGAUGAUCAUCAAGUACUCAAAUUUACUCUAAGAAUACGAAAUGCACAAGGGGAUCUACAUGAUAUUAAAUUUGAAUUUAAUAAAGCAGCUGAAACUGUACCAGAUGUCGUUUCAGAAAUGGUAUCAGCUAAUUUAAUUGAUGAACGUGAUGCGCAACCUGUUACUUCUACAAUGACAAAACUUGUAGAAAGUCCAUCACUUAGCACUGCAACUUUUGCUUUAAGAUCAUAUGUCGAUCCUAGCCAACCACCUGAUGAUAAGUUACUUAUUGGCUUUGCUCAACUUUCAUUGAACACUUAA